AAAGAAUACCGAAAACUGCAAUAUUUAUGGUUCGUACUUUUAUAUUUUCUGAAUGUUUGUGCAACUUUCACUCUGAGAGAACGAGGUUGGGCUUUAACGCGUCAGCCCUGCUUUGUGACGCCCGCUGUCGUGGCUACGCAAGCGCACAGCGGCGGUGUGUGUUGAUGUAUCACAUUCCGUGUUUGUGUGGAAAGUUGUGAGCAUUAUCCAGCCUUUUGCCUCAACCCUGCUGCCGUCAAAAUGGAUAAUCCUGAAGAAGUGUUGCAUAGUCUCGACGAGUUCGCUAAGCUCAAGCCUAAAAACAUUCCCCGUGAACUGGAAGACUAUCUUAUGUACGUCGCAAGGACGGGUGACCCCGUGUACCAGUGGCAAACGGUCAAGAUUCUGUUUCGAGAAAAACUGCUGAACGUGAUCACAGAAUUUUACGAAACUACGCCCACCCUCGACAUUUCUCCUUCGCCUAACGUUGACCCCUUUAACUAUGAAACCAUGAAGACAGUUCUUCUCGAGAGGUUGGAGGCGUUCUCCAACGCGCCGUUCACCGUGCAGAGGCUAUGUGAGCUGUUGACAACCCCUCGUAAAGAAUACAACCGGCCUGACAAGUUCAUGAGAGCUAUUGAGAAGAACAUCUUAGUAGUCAGUACCCGCGAGCCAGGAGGUGCUGGCGCCUGCAGACCUGACAGUGCCUUGUCUGAACCAAUACCCAAUGGGGUCUCCGAUCCACCAGAGGCCGCAAGCAAUCAAUCAAGUAGCAGCAGUAGUAGCACCUCCAGUCUCGAGGAAAACACUCCACAAACCACUAGUUCAGACUCUCCCAAGGAACCUGAAGAAAAUGGUGAAAGUAGUACUGCAUCAGAAUCUGCACCUGUUGAAGAAGAUAGUAAUCAUGUAGACAUGGAACAGUCGGAACCAUCGGAACCGCCAGAACCAUCAGAACGAUUGGAACCAUCAGAGCCAUCAGAACCCAGUGCAGAGGCUGAAGCUAGUAAAGAACAAGAAGAUGAAAUUAAGAUUACAGUUAAAGAUGUUGAAGAAAGUGCAGAGGCAACAGACUCAAGUGAUAGUGUAACUUUUGGAGACGUGAACAGUGCCGCUGACGUUUUGGAUGCUGUAAACGUUACUUCAACAGAAUGUUCUUCCUCUCCGGAAGUAAAUGAUCUGUCUGACACGCCGCCGGAAUCUGUAGUAGAGAAGCAGGGAGAGGAUAAUUUGCCUGUAUCAUCAGAGGUUGAAAGUACCAGAGAGGAAGUUACAUCAGAAUCUGUAGACACUGGAGCUAUUAUUGAUGAAGAAAAGAAGGUUGACACAAGUGAAGCUGAUAGUGAAGCUGACAGCAAAGCUGAAAUUAAAGAGUCAGACGAAAUUUCUUCUUCCCCUGAGUCCGAUGUGGAAAAAGUUACCAGUGCUGUUCCUGAACCUUCGGAGACCACAGUAGAGCCAGCUAAAGUUACUGAAGAAUCAGCAGAGGUUGUUCAAGAAGCAGAAGCUACCACAGUAGACUCAGCCGUCAUCGAGUCUGUCACUUCCUCUGAAGUAGAACAACCUGCUGACUCAACAGAAUCUUCUGACUCAUCUGUAACCAACACCACAGCAAAGAAAGAAACUCCAUCCUCAGAGGUUGUCUCUUCCGGUUCUACUGAAACAGAAAUUACCCCAGAAGUAUCUGAUGAAAAAUCUGUCAAAGAUAUUAAACCAAGCAAUGUUGAUGUUCCUGAGAGUUCAGAGGCAACUCCAGUGUCAGAUAAAGUAGAAAAUGAAGCUAAAGUGAAUGUUGAGGUUGUGAAAUCAGCUGUUGAUGUAAGUAUCACCAGCACAGAAAGUUCUGGAGCUGCUAGUGGGCCCACAGACAUGGAGGCUAUGGAUGUUGAUGAGAGCAGCAAUCAGCCGUCCGAAGCCAGUGAAGCUAUGGAAGUUGCAGAUGACGAUGAGCCAAUGGAGGUGUGUGAGGAUAGUGCAUCAGGGAGUGAAGAGAUGACGACCAGUCCCCAAGAGUCUGCUGCUUGAUUUAUUAUGAACUCUGAAAGGAUACCAUCACCCCAAUGACAAGAAAUUGCAACAUUAUUCAAGAAAAACUCCUUAACUACUCGUUAACUUUUAGGGAACCCUUGACUGCACCCUGCCCUCAUAUUUGCUCCAUAUUUAAAGCAGAACCUUGUACAUAGAGUGACAUUUUAUGUUUUUAUUGUUAGAAACUUUCAUCUUUUGUAUUAUAUACAACAAGAACCUCCUUUUUUUGUUUUUUUUUAUUGAGAAUUAUUAACUCAUGUCAGGAUGGGCAUUUCCUUUAGUCACCUGUGUGCAUUUGCAUGUUAAUUGUACUCAUUAGCCCGCUGGGGCUAGAGUGUCUCCCUUCCUAAAUCUCAAGACUUAUGUGGAAUUUUCCUCAUUAAUUUAUGUUGUAUUACGUAUUUCAUUACAUCUGAAAGUUUCCAUUCAUUUGUUAGAUGAGAAUGUAUCAUUUAAAUCAUUUUAUAUUCAUUGUCAUCAAAAUGUGACUUAGUUAGAAAAUUAGUUAAAAAAUCCCUUACUUUUUUCCCCAUGGUUAGUGUUAUAUAUGCCAAUUAAUAAUGGAGGUGGUCACCUUGUGCUUAGAUUCAAAAUUAUAUCUAUUCUUUUAA